GAGAGGAGAGGAGNGAGAGGAGAGGAGAGGAGAGGAGAGGAGAGGAGAGGGGGCGCUAGAAGGAGGAGGCAGGCGGAGACCUGGCUCUGCUGGAUGCUGGAUUUUCGGACUCUCGUUGACUCUCUCCUACUCCUCAGCGCCAGAGUGCGAGACACUCACCCGUGCCGGCAGUAGCGGCCGGUGACUCCGCUCGUAGCUGCUGCUGCGGGGCUUGGAUUAAAUUGGGCGCCUCGGAGACGAGCGUGAGCAGCGGGAGGAGGUGGCGGCGGGAAGCGGCGGCGGCGCUGGCUGCCGCUGGGACCGGGGAGCCAGCAUGACCAGGCUCUGAAAAUAUUUCAUCUGAAAUUUCAGACUGGACAGACUCGCAGUGGCUUCUAAGCCAGUGAGAACAAGGCUGCCAAAGCAUGCUGGUGCCAAGCUGUUGGAUGAUGCACGUAGUCAGGCCAGUGGUGGUGCUCCUGUGCUUGCUACUCUAUGCUGAUGCUGAAACACCACCGAAGUUUACAAGAACACCUGUUGACCAGACAGGGGUUUCUGGAGGUGUUGCUUCAUUCAUCUGUCAAGCCACUGGAGACCCAAGACCUAAAAUUGUCUGGAACAAGAAGGGAAAGAAAGUCAGCAAUCAGAGAUUUGAGGUAGUAAUAGAGUUUGAUGAUGGGUCUGGAUCAGUUCUCAGAAUACAACCACUGCGCACACCAAGAGACGAAGCUAUUUAUGAGUGUGUGGCUUCAAAUAGUGUUGGUGAAAUAAGUGUGUCCACAAGACUCACUGUUUUACGUGAGGACCAAAUUCCCCGAGGUUUCCCCACCAUUGAUAUGGGUCCCCAGCUGAAGGUGGUAGAACGAACUCGUACAGCUACCAUGUUAUGUGCAGCCAGUGGCAACCCUGAUCCCGAAAUAACUUGGUUCAAAGAUUUCUUACCUGUUGACACAAGCAACAACAAUGGCCGCAUCAAGCAAUUACGAUCAGGUGCCCUCCAAAUUGAACUGAGUGAAGAAUCUGACCAAGGCAAAUAUGAGUGUGUUGCUACCAACAGUGCGGGUACACGCUAUUCUGCCCCUGCCAAUCUAUAUGUCAGAGAGCUGCGAGAAGUUCGACGGGUCCCACCGAGGUUCUCUAUCCCCCCCACCAAUCAUGAGAUCAUGCCUGGCGGGAAUGUAAAUAUCACGUGUGUUGCAGUGGGGUCACCAAUGCCAUAUGUGAAAUGGAUGCUAGGAGCAGAAGAUUUGACACCUGAAGAUGAUAUGCCAAUAGGGAGGAAUGUCCUUGAGCUUAAUGAUGUCAGACAGUCUGCAAACUAUACUUGUGUUGCUAUGUCUACCCUUGGUGUUAUAGAAGCAGUAGCACAGAUAACUGUCAAAGCCUUACCUAAACCUCCUGGGACACCUGUGGUGACAGAAAGCACAGCAACAAGCAUAACACUGACUUGGGACUCUGGAAAUCCUGAGCCAGUUUCUUACUACAUAAUCCAGCACAAGCCCAAGAACUCUGAGGAGCCAUAUAAAGAAAUCGAUGGCGUUGCCACAACACGCUAUAGUGUGGCUGGUCUAAGCCCAUACUCAGAGUACGAAUUUCGGGUAGUUGCUGUAAACAACAUUGGGCGAGGGCCACCCAGUGAGCCCGUGUCAACAAGGACUUCAGAGCAAGCACCUUCAAGUGCACCACGCAAUGUACAGGCCCGUAUGCUGAGCUCUACCACCAUUUUGGUACAGUGGGAAGAACCUGAAGAACCUAAUGGACAAAUACAAGGUUACAGAGUUUAUUAUACUAUGGACCCUACUCAACAUGUCAACAACUGGCUGAAACACAAUGUGGCUGACAGCCACAUCACUACUAUUGGGAAUCUAGUGCCGCAGAAAACAUACUCUGUGAAGGUUCUUGCUUUUACCUCUGUUGGGGAUGGACCACUUUCCAGUGACAUUCAAGUCAUCACUCAAACUGGAGUCCCUGGUCAGCCAUUGAACUUCAAGGCAGAACCUGAGUCUGAAACAAGCAUAUUACUUUCCUGGACACCUCCACGUUCUGAUACUAUUUCCAGCUAUGAACUGGUUUACAAAGAUGGGGAGCAUGGGGAGGAGCAACGAGUUUCCACUGAACCUACCACAUCUUAUCGUCUCCAAGGCCUGAAGCCAAACAGCUUGUACUUAUUUCGUCUAGCAGCACGUUCUCCACAGGGUCUGGGUGCUUCAACAGCAGAAAUCUCAGCGAGAACCAUGCAGUCAAAGCCAUCAGCUCCUCCUCAAGACAUUAGUUGCAUAAGCCCCAGCUCCACUAGCAUUUUGGUAAGUUGGAAACCUCCACCAGUGGAAAACCAGAACGGCAUUAUCACUGCAUACUCCAUCAAGUACAUUGAGAUUGAUGGAGAAGAUGUCAAACCCCAUGAAGUUUUGGGAAUUUCAUCGGACAGUACCCAAUACCUUUUGGAACAGCUGGAAAAAUGGACUGAGUAUCGGAUCUCUGUGACUGCCCACACUGAUGUUGGACCUGGCCCAGAGAGCUUAGCAGUAUUGAUUCGGACAGAUGAAGAUGUUCCUAGUGGUCCACCUCGCAAAGUCGAGGUAGAGGCUGUCAACUCUACUGCUGUUAAAGUGUCAUGGCGCUCACCUGUACCCAAUAAGCAGCAUGGUCAGAUCCGAGGAUACCAGGUCCACUAUAUAAGAAUGGAAAAUGGAGAGCUGAAGGGUCAGCCCAUGCUGAAGGACAUCAUGCUGGCUGACGCACAGGAAAUGAUAAUUUCUGGACUUCAGCCUGAAACUACAUACUCCUUCACUGUGACAGCCUACACCACCAAAGGUGAUGGAGCACGCAGCAAGCCCAAACUUGUAUCUACUACUGGUGCAGUUCCAGGCAAACCUCGGCUCGUGAUUAGCCACACACAGAUGAAUACAGCUCUAAUUCAGUGGCACCCUCCUGUGGACACCUUUGGCCCGCUGCAGGGUUACCGCCUGAAAUUUGGUCGCAAGGAUGUGGAUACAUUUACAACCAUGGAGUUCUCAGAAAAGGAAGAUCACUUCACAGCUACAGACAUUCACAAAGGAGCUUCUUACAUCUUCAGGCUCUCAGCUAGAAAUAAAGUGGGCUUUGGGGAGGAGAUGGUUAAAGAGAUUUCUGUUCCUGAAGAAGUGCCCAGUGGAUUUCCGCAAAAUCUCCACUCAGAAAGCUCUACUUCUACGUCAGUUCAAUUAACUUGGCAGAUGCCGCUUUUGGCAGAAAGAAAUGGCAUUAUCACCAAAUACACCAUCUUGUACAGAGAUAUCAAUGUUGCUUACUCGCCAGUUGAACUCCCUGUUGUUCCUGCUGACACCACUAUGACACUUUCUGGCUUAAAACCAGAUACCACAUAUGAUGUAAAAGUACGUGCCCACACAAGCAAAGGGCCUGGUCCAUAUAGUCCAAGUGUCCAGUUCAGGACACUACCCGUGGAUCAAGCAGUGUUUGCAAAAAAUUUUCAUGUUAAAGCAGUAAUGAAGACUUCGGUUUUACUGUCUUGGGAGAUUCCAGAAAACUACAACUCAGCUUUGCCUUUCAAAAUCCUUUAUGACGAUGGCAAAAUGGUGAUGGAGGUUGAUGGACGUGCUACUCAAAAACUGAUCACUAACUUGAAGCCAGAGACAUCAUAUUCAUUUGUGCUGACAAACAGAGGGAACAGUGCUGGAGGUCUUCAGCACAGAGUGACAGCAAAGACUGCACCAGAUGUGCUUCGCACCAAGCCAGUCUUCAUUGGAAAAACGAACUUAGAUGGCAUGAUAACUGUGGAACUUCCAGAAGUACCGUCAAAUGAGAAUAUAAAAGGUUAUUACAUAGUUAUUGUGCCUUUGAAGAGAUCUCGUGGAAAAUUUAUCAAACCAUGGGAAAGUCCUGAUGAAAUGGAACUAGAUGAGCUGCUUAAGGAGAUAGCUAGGAAGCGCAGAAGCAUUCGUUUUGGGAGGGAAGUUGAUUUAAAGCCAUAUAUUGCAGCUCACUUUGAAGUACUUCCUACGGAGUUCACAUUAGGGGAUAAGAAGCAUUAUGGUGGCUUUGAGAAUAAACAACUGCAAAGUGGUCAAGAAUAUGUCUUCUUUGUGUUGGCUGUAAUGGAGCACUCAGAAUCUACCAUGUAUGCAACCAGUCCAUAUUCUGAUCCUGUUGUGUCCAUGGAUCUCGAUCCCCAACCAAUUACAGAUGAGGAAGAAGGAUUGAUUUGGGUUGUAGGACCAGUUCUUGCAGUGGUAUUUAUCAUCUGUAUUGUUAUAGCGAUACUUCUUUAUAAAAGGAAGAGGGCUGAAUCAGAUUCUAGAAAGAGCAGCAUACCCAACAGCAAGGAAGUCCCCUCUCACCAUCCUACAGACCCAGUGGAGCUGCGACGCCUUAAUUUUCAAACUCCAGGUAUGGCCAGUCACCCCCCAAUACCUAUCUUGGAACUCGCAGAUCAUAUUGAAAGAUUGAAAGCAAAUGACAAUUUGAAGUUUUCACAGGAGUAUGAGUCUAUUGACCCUGGUCAGCAGUUUACAUGGGAGCACUCUAACCUGGAAGUAAACAAACCAAAGAAUAGAUAUGCAAACGUAAUCGCAUAUGACCAUUCUCGUGUUCUACUUUCAGCAAUUGAAGGCAUACCAGGCAGUGACUACAUUAAUGCCAACUACAUAGAUGGAUACAGAAAGCAGAAUGCAUAUAUAGCAACACAAGGGGCAUUGCCAGAAACCUUUGGAGACUUCUGGAGAAUGAUGUGGGAACAACGUGGUGCAACUGUUGUCAUGAUGACAAAACUGGAGGAGAGGUCCAGGGUGAAGUGUGAUCAGUACUGGCCAAGCAGAGGCACAGAAACGUAUGGACUCAUCCAAGUGACCCUUUUAGACACGGUUGAAUUGGCAACAUACUGUGUUCGGACAUUUGCACUUUACAAGAAUGGUUCAAGUGAGAAAAGGGAAGUGAGGCAAUUCCAGUUCACUGCCUGGCCUGACCAUGGUGUUCCAGAACAUCCAACACCAUUCUUAGCUUUCCUGCGACGUGUCAAGACCUGUAACCCACCUGAUGCUGGUCCAAUGGUUGUGCAUUGCAGUGCUGGAGUCGGCAGGACUGGCUGUUUCAUUGUGAUAGAUGCCAUGUUAGAGAGAAUAAAGCACGAAAAGACUGUAGAUAUUUAUGGCCACGUAACUCUAAUGAGAGCUCAGAGAAAUUACAUGGUUCAAACUGAGGACCAAUACAUCUUUAUCCAUGAUGCACUGCUGGAAGCAGUGACAUGUGGAAAUACCGAAGUGCCAGCCAGAAACCUGUAUGCAUAUAUUCAGAAGCUGACACAGAUAGAAACAGGAGAGAAUGUCACAGGAAUGGAACUGGAAUUUAAGCGUCUUGCUAGCUCUAAGGCUCACACUUCAAGAUUCAUCAGUGCCAAUCUUCCUUGUAAUAAAUUCAAAAAUCGCCUUGUCAAUAUUAUGCCAUAUGAGUCUACAAGGGUAUGCUUGCAGCCGAUCCGAGGAGUUGAAGGGUCCGAUUAUAUUAAUGCCAGUUUUGUUGAUGGAUACAGACAACAGAAAGCUUACAUAGCUACACAGGGUCCUUUGGCAGAAACAACUGAAGAUUUCUGGAGAAUGCUGUGGGAGCAUAAUUCUACAAUUGUGGUCAUGCUUACUAAGUUACGAGAAAUGGGCAGAGAAAAAUGCCACCAGUAUUGGCCUGCAGAGCGUUCAGCCAGGUAUCAGUAUUUUGUGGUAGACCCAAUGGCAGAGUACAACAUGCCACAGUAUAUUCUGAGGGAAUUCAAAGUUACAGAUGCAAGGGAUGGCCAGUCCCGAACAGUGAGGCAGUUCCAGUUCACUGACUGGCCAGAACAAGGAGUGCCAAAGUCUGGAGAAGGAUUUAUUGACUUCAUAGGCCAAGUGCAUAAAACAAAAGAGCAGUUUGGUCAGGAUGGACCAAUCUCUGUUCAUUGCAGUGCGGGUGUUGGAAGGACUGGAGUAUUCAUAACUCUGAGCAUUGUGUUAGAAAGAAUGAGAUACGAAGGUGUUGUAGAUAUCUUCCAGACUGUCAAAAUGUUAAGGACACAGCGGCCAGCCAUGGUACAGACAGAGGAUCAAUAUCAAUUCUGCUAUCGAGCCGCACUGGAAUAUCUGGGCAGCUUUGAUCACUAUGCAACAUAAAAACCCAUCCUGGAUUUUUAUUGCAGGCCCUUCAAGAUCCAGAGAGCCGCUUCUGAGCCAUACGAUGUGCUUUAGAAGUACUUCUUAGCUCUUAGCUAUGGAGCGAUUAUUGGGGAUAUAUAAAAUAAAUUAAAAAAAAAAAUUUUGGGGAUAUUUAAAAACAAAACAGACCCAACAAUUCCAUGUGGACCAAGAAUUCACAGUUUAAUAACCUAACCAUAAUAAAAGAAUUCUGACCACUGAGGCGUCUGAAGGAUCUCAUUUACAGAUACCUCAAGGGUUCAACAUUGUUUGAAGUCAAAGGGAAGAGGAAACUGUUGGAAAGAGCAACCAUCUUGUUCAGGCCUGCAUGCCUUUUGCAAAGAGGAAUUUUGAGACAACUGCAAUUCAGCGGAACAUGCUUGUUGAAAGGUCAGGUCCUGGCUUCAAGACAAAGCAGACUCUUUACUUCAACAGUACCCCUUCCCAUCAUAUUGCUCAUGAUAACACUUUAGGGAAAAUGUGAGGAUGUUUAAAAAGAAAGUCCUUGAUUUAGUUUUUUAGUAUUGUAAAGAUACUGCUGACCUGUGCUUCAUUUUUAACUGUGUAAACUUUUUCCUUUUUUUAACAAGAGUUUAUCAUACGAUUAAGUGAAUUAAAGAAAAGGUUGCAUAACUGUUCUUUUUUUUUUGUUUCAGAAUUGUAAUUUUCUUUAAGCUGUAGAACUCUUAUCUGUAAUAUUGUGCUGUAGAAUGGUAAAUAAUUUGAAAAUUUGCACAUUUUUGUGCAGUUCUAUAUUUAUCUACAGUACCACAGUCUUGUUAGACAUUAUUUUACACUUUUGUUUCUUUUAGUUUUCUUUAAGAAAAUACUAAUUGUAAUCAGUUAAAUCAAAAUGGGACUUUUUGGUUUCUUUUGGAAUCAACAGGGAGGCGCAAAGUAUAAAGAUGCUGCUACCACACACGCACACACUCACGCAUACACAUGCACAUGCACACCCACACCCUCUCUUUCUAUAUAUAUAUAAUUAUAUGUACGUAUUACUGUCAAUCCUUAUCUAGCUCUCUGUAGUUACAGAGAUACAGACAGGUAGAUACACACACGCACACACACACACACACACACACACAUCAGUUCUUCCACGACCUGGAUUAUCAAAGCAUUUGAAAAGUCUUCAGCAUACUGCAAUUACAUUAUACCAGUAUUUAGUCACCUCUGCAUUUCUAAGGUCCAUAAACUUCUUUUUCUAGGGGAAGUGAGGAAUGCACAUCAUUGAUAUUUGAACAUCAUCUCUAUCCCAAACAGUAUUUUUCUCCACACUGCCACUUGCACACAUAGAGAUCACAGAUAUACACACAUGCACACACAAGCAUACUUAUGCACACACGCACACAGAGUAUGUGGUUUAGACUUCCAGUGAAGUUCAAUAUUCGUAACACUAUAGUGCAAUAAGAAAUCAUAUUAUUAAAUGUUAGGAGGUGUGCAUGUGGAAAAGAUCAGUGCAUAUCCCUUUAGGAGGGGAGAAUGUUGUAAUAUACUAGGUAUUAAGAUGUUUUAAAAUUGUAUUCAAUAAUAAUGUCUAUAGUGUGCGCUAUAUCAUUUACAUUUAUUGUAUGUAACAGGGCAAAGCCAAACACACAUUGCUCUGUGAAAUCAAAAGUUUUGUGGCAUUCAGUGUUGUUUGGGGAUGCUGGUUUUUAUUUUAAUUUUACAUUUAUAGUGCCUUAUAUUUGAUGCCUAUUUUGAAUAGCAUUUACUUAAGUUAGCCUUCAUUUGUGUUUAGUUCCGUUUAUUCAUAUAUAUGUUAUUCUUUUCAAACAUUUUAAUACAUGUAUCAGACAAUUUUGAAUAAUAUGCAUUCCCAGUUUCUAUUCAAGUAUGGUUUAUAAUAAAUGAGAACCCAAACCAUGUAGGUAUUCAAGACCCUGUAUAUUUUCAUAUUUGCAACAGAUGACCAGUCCACUACUUAAAUACCUGUUUCUGGUUGACUCAUCAUGUCACUAAUCAUAGUGUUAUAAUUACAGAGAUGCAGCAGUACCCUAGCAGCUGUCAACAUUAGCAGUGCUAACGCAUCCAUAUUUUCAUUUUGACUUAGUUGGCCCCUACAUCUCCUACUCAUUCCAUUGUGUCAAUAGAUUGCUAAGGUCAAACCAUUGCUUUCAUUAAGGCUAACAAGAUUAAGCUAGAAGAAUGUGAGAAUGGUGCUGCAUUUUCUUCCAUAGAACAAAGAAAAUUCUUUAAGUAGCAGAAAGUACUUCUUAACAUUCUUAAUACGAUGCCAUUUACAUUGACCUUGGUUUCUGUUGUGUCUUGUGCUGUCAUCAGUACAUGUGUAUCAAAGGAUUUCUGUGGAGUUUCAGAUAGGAGCAUUGAUAUGGCUUGUGACCUCAACUUUUCUUAUUCCACAUUUCCCACUACUAGUGGAAGGAAAAAUAUGGAAGACUAAAAUCUAGCAAGCAUUAUAUUUGAGCACUUUUGUAAGUAAACACAUACACAGAUACACAGACACACAAACACACACACACAUAUAUAUAUGAAACAGAAUUAUAUAGAAGGCUACCUCAGGAUGAGACUCUGUAACUUACAUCUGAACCAGAGAAGAAUGUGCACUAUGUUUCUUUCUCUUCUUUCUUUAUUUGUACUUUUAACUAAUUAUUGAAGUGCCAGUUUAUGUGGUAUUGUCAUGUAUUUUGGAUUAGAUCAGAAAAACAUAAAAAUAAUAAUAAAAAACAUAAUUUCGGAAGCGUAAUCUAGGGAAUAUCCUUGCACAUUAGAGCUCUAAAUAGAUCAGAACUUUAAAAAAAAUGUAAGGGAAAUAAUUGUACAACUAGAUUUUAUUUUUUUUUUUUAAGUUUUUGUAUUCUUAAGAUAACUUUUAGAAUCAUUGAUGUGCAUUCCGCUUUAUAUAAUCUUAUAUAUUGGCAUUCUGCAGUUAAUUUAAACUGUGAGCAUCUUUGCCUACGUGCAUCAAACAUUUCCAAGCUUAGAAUUGGCUUCAUCAGCAUAACCAGUAUGGUGCUAUUUAUGUUUGUAUGUGUAGUUAUUUCUUAUUUUGUGAUAAGUUGCAAUGCAGAAAAAAAAAAAAAAAAAGGUAUGAAAAGGAUUUAUACAUAAGUUUAAUUUAGCUCUUUUUUUAAACGGGCUUGAGUUGUUAGAAAUUGGAGAGGAAAGCUGGGGAAAGGGAGGGGCCCUCUAGGGAGAUUUGCACUUUCUAUACCUUUGUACUAUGCACUGCCCUAUUGAUUCUACACUCAACAGUGUUAUUACUUGAACCCAUCUAUAAAAAACCGCUUAUAAAACCCAUUGGUGUUAAAUUUAAAUGACACAGAACAUGUAAAAAGGAAAAACAAAUGCUAGCAGUGACAAGGAAAUGCAAUUACAUUUUUUUCCUUUUAUUCUUUCCUGGUUUUCCUUUCAUUUUUCUGUUUUCCUUUUUUUUUUUUUCUUCAUUUCUUUUUGUUUGGUUGGUUGGUUUUCAUUUUAGUUUUUUUGGUGCCCUGAUACUUCACAGAUAUCAGAAGGCUACAGGUCUCAUCAUAACCAUCUGUUAACGUGGCUUUGCCAUUCAAGCUUGGAGUGUCUUUACAAAGAUAAUUUAAAAAAAAAAUGUGUUCUUUGCUCUUGUUUUGGAUGCAUAAACUAAAAAAUUUUAAAAAAAAUUACCUUGUAAAAUGGCUUGUUAAAAAGAUACAAUUACCUCUAAUUAGUAGUACACGUAAAUGUUUUACAGAAUGAAAGGCGUGCUUUUUAUUUUCUUACUUCGUUACAUUGGUGGCGAAAGAAAGUCUGUAUGAAAAUCAGUUCUUUGCUGACACAAGUUCCAUUUGUUACAAAUGAAUUCUAAUAAAAUGUCAGUGUUAUGCA